CCCCGGGUCUGAGGGGCUUGGGCCCACAUUUUGCAAGCAGACGUGAAGAAAGCCUGCCCUUCCCCGUGGGUUGCGGCGUGUGGGCGUGGGGCCGGCCAACGGUGGCCGGCCCCCCGGGUCUGAGGGGCUUGGGCCCACAUUUUGCAAGCAGACGUGAAGAAAGCCUGCCCUUCCCCGUGGGUUGCGGCGUGUGGGCGUGGGGCCGGCCAACGGUGGCCGGCCCCCCGGGUCUGAGGGGCUUGGGCCCACAUUUCCUUUUUUUUGUUCUUCUCUCUCUUUCUCUGGGAAGGGUGCCGGCCAACGGUGGCCGGCCUAGUAUUUUAAAGUGUGGGCCUUUUUGGCGGUGGCUUUUUCUGUCUUUUCUUUGGUCUUUGCUGCCUCUCGGCCUACGUGGCCGAGUUUCCCCCGAUGCACCGCCUCUCUCUUCUCUCUCGGCUGUCGUUCUUUACCCCUUUAUGCGAGUUUGCACCGAAGCCUCCUUUGGGGCGGCGGCCCCUCUUUCUUCCUGUCUGGGAAUCGUGCCGGCCAACGGUGGCCGGCCUAGUAUUUUAUAGUGUGGGCCUUUUUGGCGGUGGCUUUUUCUGUCUUUUCUUUGGUCUUUGCUGCCUCUCGGCCUACGUGGCCGAGUUUCCCCGAUGUACCGCCUCUCUCUUCUCUCGCCGGCUGUCGUUCUUUAGCCCUUUAUGCUAUUUUGCACAGAAGCCUCCUUUGGGGCGGUGUCCUCUGGUUUUUUUUCUCUCUCUCUCUCUCAGGGAUGCGUGCCGGCAAACAGUGGCCGGCCCGGCUUAAUGUAUGGGCCUUGUCGCCUGUGGCUUUUUUCUUUCUUUUCUUUUCUUUUCUUUUCUUUUUGCUGCCUCUCGGCCUACGUGGUCGGGUUUCCCACGAUGCACCGCCUCUCUCUUCUCUCGCCGGCUGUCGUUCUUUACCCCUUUAUGCGAUUUUGCACAGAAGCCUCCUUUGGGGCGGCGGCCCCUCUUUCUUCCUCACAGGGAAGCGUGCCGGCCAACGGUGGCACGCCUAGUAUUUCAACGUGUGGGCCUUGUCGGCCUACGUGGUCGACGUGUUUCCCACGAUGCACCGCCUCUGUCUUCUCUCGCGGCUGUCGUUCUUUACCCCUUGGUGCAAUCUUGCACAGAACCCUUCUUUGGGGCGGCGGCCUCUAUUUCUUCCAGUCAGGGAAGCUUGCCGGCCAACGAUGGCCGGCCUAGUAUUUCAGUGUGUGGGCCUUGCCGGAUGUGGCUUAUUCUUUCUUUUCUUUUAUUUUCAUGAAAUCAGCGGGGGAGGAUGGGCGGGUUGUGUUUCCACAGAACACCACUCAAGGAAACAGUUAGCGGUAUCCUAUACUGUUCUAAAUUGCUCGACAACAAAAUGAUAGAAUCAUAGAAACAUGGCACCAAACAUCAUAUAAUCAUAAAGCUAGAAGAGACCAUCCAGUCCAACGCCAUUCUGCCAUGCAAAAACAAUAUACAGUAGAGUCUCACUUAUCCAACACUCGCUUAUCCAAUGUUCUGGAUUAUCCAACUUAUUUUUGUAGUCAAUGUUUUCAAUAUAUUGUGAUAUUUUGUUGCUAAAUUCGUAAUUACUACGUAAUAUUACUGCGUAUUGAACUACCUUUUCUGUCUAAUUUGCUGUUAAACAAGAUUUUUUGGGGCUUAAUUUGUAAAAUAACCUAAUUUGCUGUUCAAAAGGCUUUUCCUUAAUGUCUCCUUAUCAUCCAACAUAUUUGCUUAUCCAACGUUCUGCUGGCCCGUUAAUGUUGGAUAAGCGAGACUCUACUGUAUCCAGAAAUAUCUGAUGCUGUAACCGAUAUAUCAUUUACCGUCCCGGAAUACUAGCCAGAUGGCCCAUGAAUGGUCACAAAAGUCAUAGAAAUAUGGUCACAGAAGUCAUUGAAUAAUAGAAACAUGGUCCCUAAAGUCAUAGACUCAAAGAACCAAGUAACAGAAUCAUCCCAAAAGUCCUAGAAUCCUAAAAUGAUAGAAUCAUAGAGUCAUGGCGCCAAACAUCAUAGAAUCAUAAAGGUAGAAGAGACCAUCCAGUCCAAUGCUAUUCUGCCAUGCAAAAGCAAUAUAACACUCUUGCAGGCUUCAUCAUUACUGGAUCCGUCCUUCAGGACUUUGGCAAACGUUGGAUGUGCAAUGUUGCUAUUUCAUCCAAGGCAGAAAUUCAACUCAUUCUUGGAUGGACAAACAGAACCACAACUGCUAACGUUCCCUUAAGGCAGUGUUUCUCAACCUGUGGAUCUCCAGGUGUUUUUACCUACAAGUCCCAGAAAUCCCAGCCAUUUUACCAGCUGUUAGGAUUUCUGGGAGUUGAAGGCCAAAACAUCUGGGGACCCACAAGUCGAGAACCACUGCCUCAAGGGAGAAACUGUGGCAUUACCUCCGAAGUUAAAAAAUUGGAAAAACCAAACUCUUCCUUGAAAAGCUGUGAUUGUCUAGACAUGUGGGGGUUAAAUCUAGGGCAAAGGAGGGUAAAAAUAGAUGGGAGGGUCCAAUGUGAAAGGUUUGGAACCCCUCCCCUUAUAUAUAAAACAAAGACUCCGCCUCCAAUAUGUGGCAUUCAGUGUGUGUCCACACCAGGGUAGAAUUGGCACCAUGCUCUCCAGAUCAGCCAUGCACGUGCCACAUUAUGCCCCUUCCAUGUUCAGGGAGUUUGACAGAUGGAAGGGCUAUCUGAGCCUUGCGAAAGUGGUUACGGAGAUCAUCGCGGAACGCAAGAAGGUCCCAUUUUCAUCUCAGAGUUGGGACACAAUGGAGUACGACAUGCAGCUAGUCCUCAACGAGGACAACUUUGAAACAGCAUCACAAUGGGUUAAUGGAAGCAGUUCCAGCAGCAAGAGCUCCAAAGGUAGUGCCAAUGGCCAGGCUUCCCAAAACAAGGAGAUUUGCAAUUUCUGCAAACACAACGGGGAAUCCAAGCAGGUCUAUUCGUCCCACCGGCUGAAGGGGAUGGACGGCACCGUGGAGUGCCCCAUCUUGCGCAAAUACACCUGUCCGCUCUGCGGUGCCACGGGCGAAAAGGCCCAUACUUUAAAAUACUGCCCACUGAGCCAAGGGAAGAGGUCGCUGUAUCGCAAGUGCGGACGUAACUCGGCUGGACGCAAGGUGAGGAGAUAAGAAGAUCAGGAGAAGACCGAAGCAUUUAUUCUUAGUUUUAGUUUGACUUUGUAAAAGAACAACAUUUGAUUUCGAGCAUCAUUAACACUCUUUACAUUUCCUCCCACUUUGUUUCAGGUUUGGAGAAUGGAAGCCCAAUUCUCUUAGACUACAUUUGUGAGUCCAGAAAUGUUUUUUUAUGUAUAUUGUUGCCUUCUUUCACAUUUGUUGUACCUAGGUUAAUUAUAUUGUGUUUCUUUUAGAUGUGUCAGUUGCCUAGUGUGAUGACUCAUGGGCCCUGCAGUCCUAUUCCUGACAGUAUUGUGGCAGAUGAGGAGGAAAAUAAGGAGUUUUCCCCAGAUUUCCGGUCGGAGUCAGAGCCUUGGCAGCUGCCUGAAGUUCUAGUCCAAGAACCAAUUAAACCUGACCUUGGUGGGAACUCUCCCCCUUAUGGGAGAAAACAGGCUUACACGACUGAUAGAGGAUCGAGAGAAAAAUUUAGAAGUAGUGCUCGCCUUGCUGCCAAAUAUGCCACUGAUUAGAAGUAUUUCCCCUGAGAAAAUACGGGGAGUCUUGCACCUGCAAGCUGGUUUCCUUCGCUCCCUGUUCUCUAGGGAAAGUGAUUGUUGUUUGGGGAAACGAGACCCAAUAUAGGGAAAUUGCGCGAAGGAUUCCUUGCGGAGUCAAUUCGUCAGCUCCUGGAGAGAGGUCAUGUGUGUGUGGACUUCGAAUCCUGUUCCUUGCCUCCUGAAUCUAGUUCCAAGCCUUGUCCUCGUCUCACGGAUUUACCACAGAUCUUGUUCCAUGCUUCAAGUUGCUUUGCCUUUAGCCACAGCUCCAGCCACGUUCCAAGUAACUUUCAGCCUUAUGUCAAGCUUCAUUGGAUUCAAGACUUUUUCUGUUUUCCCAACGCUUUGCUUGGCAAAGCGUGUGUUGCGGUUAUUGGAUUAUAAUCUUUGGACUCUAAUAUUUCAUAUUGGACAAUAAUCUGCUGGACUAUAUUUGGCCUCAUUUGAAAGGUCUGCUUCUGAACUUUAUUCUACACUUGUUUUUAUUGACUUUAUAUAUUCCUUUAAUAAAGAUAUUAGAUAGAA